CAGAGAGGACCGAUGUUUAAAAUGCAUUGGAAAGCACAGCGGGGCAGCUCCCAGCUUCCUGUCCCCUUCCUGGGGUGAGCCCUGCAUGAGCCUCUGGUGCAGCCCAUACUCGGUGAAGAGGCAUCUGUGCUCGGAGAGGGUGAUCGGGCUCUGGCCAGCACUGAGGGCAAGCACUUCACCUUGGCCAGCCGACCUCCGGAAGGCCUCUGAACAGAAGGGGAGACCCAGAGAGCAGGAGACUGGAGACUCCAGGACACAAAAGUGAGUCACUCGUCCAGAACUGUGUGGUCCAGGACUGAAGGUUACCUUUUGACUUUUCACUGCCCUUAGGCAGGACACUUCACUGAAUCCAGAUAAUUUUAUCGUCUCCAAGGGAGAAGAUGACCUCAGCCAUUAACAGAAGAGCUGCCCACAGCAUCCCGCAACUCUCUUCUGGAGCUUCCCAACCUCAGAGUGUCUCAACCAGAAACUAAGGCCCCCCAUUUUACAGACAAGGAGACUGAGGGUCAGAGAGGGCAUAUGACUUGCUUCCUGACUCCUAACUUAAGUUUACUGCAAUGCCGGCCCUGUGGUGUUAACACCUGUUUGGUCCUUUAGAGCAAGUGGCCCACUUCUAUCCAAAACAGGGCCCGGUGUGUGGUGUUCAGGACUGUUAUUUAUCUGGCCGGCUGCUAAUGACAGGUCCUCACCUACUUGCCCCAAUCUGAGGAGGAGCCCUGGGCUGGAAUUUCCUGUUUUCUGAGGGCUCCGGGGGCUGCCCCAGCAGGCUGACUCCCCUGCCGCCCGCCGCCGUUCCAGGGUGUUCCAGGCCAGGCUUGCCGCCUCUCCUUGCUGGGCCGGCUCCCGGCCUCUCCAGGUCUGGGCUUGCCGGCUGCGUGGUGGAGGCGUUGAGGGACUCCGUGGGCCCGACACCAGGUGCCCAGAGGCCGGAGGUCCGUGCGCCCCGGCCGCGGCCCCGGCCCGGGCCCCGCCCCCGCCCCGCGCCCCUCGCCAUGGGCCUGGCCCUCUCCCCCGGGCCCUGAGCAUGGAGCGGGGCUGGCCGCGGGGGGACAGCUGCAGCCGGGAGCGGCCCGCCGUCUGCCGCCGCGCCCUCAGCGUCUGCGACUCGCUGGACCUGCACGGCGCCCCGGCCGGCCGCGCCGCCGCCGCCCUGCAGGCCGCCCUGAGCGCCGCGCGAGAACAGCCGGCGCGGCCGCGGAGCGUCUGCUCGGGCGGCCCGGGGCCCCCGCCCUCCGGCGCCCGCAGCCUGCUGCUCGGCCUCCUGCGCCCGCGCCUGGGCCGCCGCGGCCCCGCCGACGGCCCCCCGCCGCCGGCUCCCGGGCCCGCGCCCUCGGGGCUCCCCGGCUCGGCCGCGCCCAGCCCCGCGCCCAGCCCCACGCCGGCCCGGCGCAGCCGCACGCGGGGGGCCCAGACGCCGCGGCCCAGGCCCACCAGCAUGACGUUCCUGGAGGUGAACCGCCUGGAGCUGGCGGCGGCCGAGGGCGCGGGCGCGGGGUUGGGCCGCGCGGGGAGCGCGGGCUUCUUGCGGGGCGCCUCGCUGUGGAGCAGCCAGCGCUGGCAGGUGCUGCGCGGCGGCGGCGGCGGGGGCACCCCGGGUCCCCGGCGCGGCCUGUCAGCGCUGAGGAAGAGCUUCAGCUUCCGCCUGCGCCGCGGCCAGGAGAUCCGACGCGCCGAGUCCGGGCUGCUGCCCCGGGCGCGCACCCGCAGCGACGGCGACGCCGGCUCCCUGGGCGCCUUCCCCAGCCGCCGCGACCUGCUGCUGGGCGCUGAGGCCCCGCGCGCCGCCGCGCCCGAGCCCGGCCGGCCCCGCAGCGCCGCCGGCCUCUGGAGACUCCUCACCAGCCGCUUCCGCCGGAGGGAGCCCGCGCCCGCCGAGCCGCUGUGGAGCCGCCGGGCCGCCGCGGCCCCCGGGCUCCUGGGCGCGCAGAGCGACUCCUUUGUGAACAGCCAGGAGUGGACCCUGAGCCGCUCGGUUCCGGAGCUUAAAGUGGGCAUUGUGGGGAACCUGUCUAGCGGGAAGUCGGCCCUGGUGCACCGCUAUCUGACAGGCACCUAUGUCCAGGAGGAGUCCCCGGAAGGGGGUCGGUUUAAGAAGGAGAUUGUGGUGGAUGGCCAGAGUUACCUGCUGCUGAUCCGAGAUGAAGGAGGCCCCCCUGAGCUCCAGUUUGCUGCCUGGGUGGACGCGGUGGUGUUCGUGUUCAGCCUGGAGGAUGAAAUCAGCUUCCAGACGGUGUACAACUACUUCCUGCGGCUCUGCAGCUUCCGUAACGCCAGCGAGGUGCCCAUGGUGUUGGUGGGCACGCAGGACGCCAUCAGUGCCGCAAACCCGCGGGUCAUCGACGACAGCAGGGCCCGCAAGCUCUCCACGGACUUGAAGCGCUGCACCUACUAUGAGACGUGCGCGACCUAUGGGCUCAACGUGGAGCGUGUCUUCCAGGAUGUGGCCCAGAAGGUAGUGGCCUUGCGGAAGAAGCAGCAGCUGGCCAUCGGGCCCUGCAAGUCACUGCCCAACUCCCCCAGCCACUCGGCAGUGUCCGCCGCCUCCAUCCCUGCCGUGCACAUCAACCAGGCCACGAAUGGCGGCAGCAGCGCCUUCAGCGACUACUCCUCCUCAGUCCCCUCCACCCCCAGCGUCAGCCAGCGGGAGCUGCGCAUCGAGACCGUGGCGGCCUCCUCCACCCCCACACCUGUCCGCAAGCAGUCCAAGCGGCGCUCCAACAUCUUCACGUCUCGGAAGGGGGCCGACCUGGACCGGGAGAAGAAGGCCGCUGACUGCAAGGUGGACAGCAUCGGGAGCGGCCGGGCCAUCCCCAUCAAACAGGGUGUGCUGCUGAAGCGAAGUGGCAAAUCCCUGAACAAGGAGUGGAAGAAGAAGUACGUGACACUCUGCGACAAUGGGCUGCUCACCUACCACCCCAGCCUGCACGAUUACAUGCAGAACAUCCACGGCAAGGAGAUCGACCUGCUGCGGACCACAGUGAAAGUACCAGGAAAGCGCCUGCCCCGCGCCACCCCUGCCACGGCCCCAGGCACCAGCCCUCGGGCCAACGGCCUGGCCUCGGAGCGCAGCACCUCACAGCUGGGCGGGGGCACAGGUGCCCCCUACUCGGCCAGCAACCCGGCCUGGGCUGGCCCUCGCCCUGAGGGGCUGCACCAGCGCUCCUGCUCCGUGUCCAGCGCCGACCAGUGGAGUGAUGCCCUGCCCCCAGCCAGUGGCCCAGCUGAGGUGCUCAGUUCCAGCCCCAAGCUGGAGCCUCCCCCAUCUCCCCACUCCAACCGGAAGAAGCACCGGCGGAAAAAGAGCACCGGGACCCCCCGACCAGACGGCCCCAGCAGUGCUGCUGAAGAGGCCGAGGAGUCGUUUGAGUUCGUGGUGGUGUCCCUCACCGGGCAGACGUGGCACUUCGAGGCCUCGACGGCAGAGGAGCGGGAGCUGUGGGUGCAGAGCGUGCAGGCCCAGAUCCUCGCCAGCUUGCAGGGCUGCCGCAGCGCCAAGGACAAGACUCGACUGGGGAACCAGAACGCGGCCCUGGCUGUGCAGGCCGUGCGCACCGUGCGCGGCAACAGCUUCUGCAUUGACUGCGACGCCCCCAAUCCAGACUGGGCCAGCUUGAACCUGGGCGCCCUGAUGUGCAUUGAGUGCUCGGGGACCCACCGACACCUGGGGGCUCACCUCUCCCGGGUCCGCUCCCUGGACCUCGACGACUGGCCACCCGAGCUGCUGGCCGUCAUGACCGCAAUGGGCAACGCCCUGGCCAACAGCGUCUGGGAAGGGGCCCUGGAUGGCUAUGCCAAGCCCGGGCCUGACGCCUGUAGAGAGGAGAAGGAGCGCUGGAUUCGGGCCAAGUACGAACAGAAGCUCUUCCUGGCCCCACUGCCGAGCUCGGACGUGCCGCUGGGUCAGCAGCUGCUCCGGGCCGUGGUGGAGGACGACCUGCGGCUGCUGGUGAUGCUUCUGGCUCAUGGGUCCAAGGAGGAGGUGAACGAGACCUACGGGGACGGGGACGGGCGGACGGCUCUCCAUCUCUCCAGCGCCAUGGCCAACGUUGUCUUCACGCAGCUGCUCAUCUGGUACGGGGUGGAUGUGCGGAGCCGGGACGCCCGAGGCCUGACUCCGCUGGCCUACGCGCGUCGGGCCGGCAGCCAGGAGUGCGCAGAUAUCCUGAUCCAGCAUGGCUGUCCUGGGGAGGGCUGUGGCUUAGCACCUGCCCCCAACAGAGAGCCUGCCAACGGUACCAGCGCUUCUGCGGAGCUGCACCGAAGUCCUAGCCUUCUGUAAAGCCUGCAGGACUCCGUGGCCUGGGGCCCCUCCUCCGUCCAGGCACUGAGGGGAGCCAAGGCACAGAGACUGAGAAGCAGGGACGUGCAGAAAGGAAGGAGAGGAAAUGAAGAGUCGAAGAAGAGAAGAGCUCAGCGGGAGAGACAGAGGGACCAGAGGCGACAUCUGGGAUUUGAGCUGCCGCAGAGAGGGAGUGGAGCUACUCUAGCCCUCUACCCUACGGUGCCACUGAAAAGGGACAGGACCCUUUGGAGGUACCUGUGAGGAGAGGGGAGCAGGACCUCUCCCUCCUCCAGAUUCCUACCUUCUACUGCCAGCCCCCUACAAGCCUUCAUCCUAAAAUGGAGCCUGGAUGGACAGGGCACAAGUUGGGGGGUGCUGGAGGAAAGAGACGAGGAGGUGAUCUGAGAGUCCCGUGUAAAUUUGUACAUUGGAAUAUUUAUGUUUGUGUACAUAUCUGGUGUGUGUGUAUGAUGAGCCAGUAAACCAGACCGUGUGUGGCCUUGUUUUCCCCUCUUCUA